AUGCAAAAUCUGCUUAGCAUCACAUUAAUAACCAUCACAGCUGACAUUGUUCAUACGCAGAAGAGUGACAUAAGAGAACAUCAAGGCCCUCAAACGUGUGGCGGAAGGUUAAAGGGACCUGUUGGUAUUAUCCAAACUCCAAACUUUCCUAAUCCUUUCCCGGUUCCAAUCAAAUGUCGAUGGAUUAUAGAACACGACAUCGUAAACGGGACUAUAUCAAUAUAUUUCACCCAACAGUACACCACUAGCGGACUAACUUUUACCGAAUAUAUGUAUUACGACGAAUCUUAUAAAUUGGGUGAACGGAAAGCACUCACCGUUACAGAGGAGAACAUCACUAGGAAUAACUGGUUACAGGUAAGUUUUGUCUAA